GUUAGGCUGUAAUUGAAUACCUCCUCGGAGAAGGGCUGAGCAGUGAGCAGAAUGAAUGUACAAGCUCUCUGCAAUGUGUGUAAGAACACAUUCAAUAGUACCAAUCACAAGCCUCUACUCCUGCAGUGUGGUCAUACUUAUUGCCUAGCCUGCCUUAAGGACAUCGAGGCUUCAGGCAAGAAACUUUGCCCAUCAUGCAGAGAAGAAUGGCAGGGCAAAUCGUAUGAGUUACCAAUCUCCUAUAUGCUGAUACCUGGUGCAAUACCUAAAUCAACUGGUGAUGCUACUGGCAACAAAGUUGACUAUAACAUGUGCUUGUUGCACUCAUGCGCCAUAGAACACUGGUGCUGCAAGUGUCGAGUUGCCACCUGCAAGAAGUGCAUUUCUGAGAUGCAUUAUACUCAUGGGAUGGUUGCCUUUGAAAAUGUUGUUGGUUACGAAAUAAGCAUGGAACAAAUAAAAGAAGCCUUCAAUGGGGACCUUGGAAAUAAGUUGAAAAAAGACCUGAAAGAUUCAAUUAGUUUAUGCAAUGAAGGACUGGAAUUAAUUGAGUCAAUGAAAGAGAUUGAAGCAAAACUAUUGUCACGAAAGAAACAUCUCCUGGAUCAAGAACAGAAUUUAUCAGCUUAUAUGGAAAAUGUAGAAAACACCAGUGAGAAAGCAUUAAAAGAAAAAUUUGAUACCUUCUUGAAAAUAAUGUCAUGCUGUGAUGUGGAAAAAACAAGUCUUUCAUCAGAAUUGCAAUUGGCUUUGCUGAAAUUUGAUGUCUUUGGUGGAGAAUUUCAGUCAUUGAAUGAAGAUCUGGAAGCUGAAAAGCGACACCUGCUGCCAGAAGAGCUCCCAGCAUUGGCAGAAAACGUUGUCAUUAGAGGAGAAAAAAUGAGUAAGAAAAUUGUGCGAGCUUGGUCAUCUAUUCCUGCAGGUGAAGAGGCCACAGUUACAGUGGUAUCCUCUGUGGAAGACCCCAUCAUUAGCCUGCAAGAUCUUCUCUUACACCUGAUGAAUAGUCACACAGUAAUACACCUCCAAUUGUUGGAUACUUUUUUCAAUGGCAACAGCAGCAGGGCAGAUGAUUCCAUCCGACUGAAACUUUUCUUGCGCCAAAACUUUGGCUACCGCUACACCCCAACUACUGCUACACCCCAACUACCGCUACACCCCAACUACCGCUACACCCCAACUACUGUUACACCCUAG